GACGAGCGGUCGCUCGCUUUUGGUCUGCCGCAACAUUCUGUUGUGCCCUUUUCCGUACGACAACAAAAGCUACUCGAAACCACAAACUUCUACGAGAACAAUUACAGUCAUUAAAAGUACAAACACAAUUGUCAAUGGAUUCCUUGUUCCUGAACUGUGUACACUAUGCACGCUGUGCGUGAGAGCCGGAGCCAGACCUUGCGUCAAAACGUGUAUUAUUGUGCAACGUGUACAUGAAGCGAGAUGUAACACAAUCGUGAAAAAGACAGUGUAAUGUGAAGUUAUUACGAUCGAGCUAAGAAGAAAAGAACAGAGACAGAGAGAAACACGGAGGAGAAUAUCUUUGUGUAUAUCCAACGUUGAAACAAAUUUAAAAUCGCGUGCGUGUAAGGUGUACGUUAUACGUGUGUAGCCGAGUGUAUGCUGUGUAUUAUACGUGUGCGGUGAGAAUGUAUUCAUUCAAUUCUUUGAAGUAAAGCACCAGCAAAACUUGAUGAUUCGUUCAACAUUCGAGAAAAGGAAAGGCUUGAACAGAGAGGGGGCAGGAUAGAGGUGGUGCGUAUUUACACAGUGAAUCACGCGUUCCAUGCGAUUACGAGACGCAACUGCUAGUUUAGGCCAUCUAUGUUUACACGUAUCUAAAUAUGUUCGUAAACAUCGAAUGCACAUCGAACUAGGAGAAACGAGGUAUAUAUCAAUCAUAUUCAAUUAAUCUUGGCUGGAUAGUCGGUUAAAAGACAAGUCUGUUUCGCUCUUUCAACAAAUUUGUAAUAAACAAUCAUCUUAAAAGAACAAAGAUACAGUUGAAAAGUUUUCUUCUUUCUUUUCUUUUUUGGUGUGCAACGUGUAGAACGUUUUUUGUGUACACAUCUGCGAGAGGAAAGGAAUAAAAGAGAGAAGGAGAAAGCAAAAAAGAAAGAGAGAGAACAAUAACACGUUGGUCGAGAGCGCGGCUUUAUUGUAGCUGCUGCUCGCCCGUAUCGCAUACGUAGAGGUGUAAACACAGCAUUCGUGCCAUUGUCCUUUUGUUCUCAUAACCGGUAAACCGGGAGAAAGUAACUUAGCCAUGCCGAGCGCCGAGGAAACAACCUACUUGAUCGAAGUAGUGCCCAACACGACCCAGGACUUCCUCUCUAGCGACGUCGAUCUUCUCGUCUCGCAGAUCAAAGAGAAUCUUCGACUGUCCAGCUUGAAAGCCAAGUCCAGUAUCAGUCAGAAAAGUCGACCGUCACCAUAUCAAAUACCCUCGAGGUCCUGGGCAGAUCCUAAUAACUGCGAGGUAUACGGCACGAAGAACACCGGUGGCCACGAUCAUCGUCAUCACUUAGGUCAUCACCAUCACCACCACCACCACCACCAUCACCACCACCACCACCAUCAUCAUCACAAAAGGCCAACCGUGAGGGACGACGAUCCAUACGAGCUUUUGCAAGAAUUACUUCGAGAAGGUGGUCUGAUAAAAGAGGCUGUGAAGAGACUUCAAGCAAAUCUCGUCGAUUUAGAUAAUUCUGAGGAAGAGGAGGAAGAGGACGAACAAUCGUCAGCGGGUUAUCGAAGGAAACCCUACUUCUAUGAUUCGGAAGACGAACAAUUGCCACCAGUGUACGAGCCACUCGAGCUGUGAAAAUGAAUUAUCGCGUGACCGGUGUGUUAUGACACCGGUAUACGGGAUUCAAAGAGAUUUAGAAAACGAUUUCUGUGGUGUGUACAGACGGUAAAAGCGAAAGAAAGUUCGGUGCCCUUUAAUUGAAACAGCCGUUCUCGUUCCUGGAUUUACGUUUCCACGAUAUUAUAACGUUCGAUGCGCCUCGUGUAUUUCUGUGCAUGUGUGUAUACACGCGUAUGUACACACGUGAGGGGGGAAAAAGUGUCAGCCAGAAAGGUGAAAACAUUCGCUCGCUAAAAGGCGAAAUAUGUGUGGUUCAUAUCGAAAGAAAGCACAACGAGGUAAACGUAAUUAGUCAAGAACUGGCCUUACAUGGCCGUGUUUGUAAAUAUGGUAUGUUGUUAUUCGAGGCAGUUUACGCAUCACAUACACACAGAUGCACACACCCAUUCACGCACACACGGGUUCGUGCGAGUUCGGCUAAGAUCGCCGACAUAUCGACAAAUCACGAAGCAUUUACGUGGAAAACAUGGCUGCCUGAGUUCGAGCUCCUCUCGGAUUCGAUUGAACUGCGAGCAGAGAUGAGACUUGCAGUUUUGAAAAAAAAUUGAUAAAAGGUAAACCCUUUACCGACUUCUUUUCAAAACUGCAAGUCUCAUCCCUUCCCGCGGUUCAAUCGAAUCCGAGAGCUCGAACUCAGGCGGCCAUGUUUUCCACGUAGCCUCGUGAAUCGUCGAUAUGUCGGUGAUGUUAGCCGAACUCGCACGAACCCAUGUGUGCGUGCGUGCGUGCAUGGUGUGUGUAUAUGUGAUGCGUGAAACUGUUUCAAAUAACAACAUACCAUAUUUAUAAAUAUAGUCAUGUAAGGCGAGUUCUUGGCUAAUUACGUUUAUCUCGUUGUACUUUCUUUCGAUAUGAACCGCACAUAUUUCACCUUUUAAUGUGCGAAUAAAAGAAAAAAAAAAAUUAAAAGAAGAGUUCCUCAGUGCUGCUCUCGCGUCCA